UGUUUCCGAAAUUUAUAAGAUAUAACCGUUAUAACGUCGAGGAUUUCAACGAAAGCCUGGUCUAUCCUAUCGAGGCACUGUUCCUUCUUUGUGCUACUAAUUUUAAAAGUCAGUUCUGUGGUAAAAUUAACAGUAUCAUAUUGAUGCAGUCAUCCGGCAUAUUGUUUCAGGUUCUGACUUGAGUUUCAUUAUUUUCGAAGUCCCUGCGACGACUGUGAGUAUCUUUGAGGUAUCCGCAUGUGAUGUUUCGUGUGCUGCUUGAUUGUGGUUAUAAAGUGUUGUGGUGCCCCUUUGUCACUAAUCUGUGCAGUUUCCUGAAUUUUUGAGCUGAGCACAAGAGAAACAUGAGUAGCAGUGACUUUGCGAAAAACGCUUUCUCUCAGGUUACUGGCUGGUUGGCUAAGCCUUCCGUGAUUCGCCCAACAGCACCAGCACCUCGGGCAAGUCAGUCCAGUCCGACCACCACGGAAACAACCGCCGUUCCCCCGGGUGUCGAUAAGACCGUUGUUAUCGAGGAACCCACUGUCCGUCAACCAUCUCCCAUUCCGCCUGUUGUGGAAAACGAAGUGGCGAAAACAUCCAUUUCCGAGAUGGGUGACAAUAACUUCGAAGACAUCGCUGACGAUGCGGCAGCUACCGCCUUCGAUGACGCGUUUUCCAAUUUGCUGAUGUACACACCAGGCACCGAAGAGGACAUCAGUGAGACCUUGGAAGAGCUGGUCGGGACACUGAACGACUGCGUCACGAAGAAAGCCACGGUCGACGAGAUGGUGUCCAGUGUUUUUGAUACGGCAGCUGCGGGGAAAUACGCGCACUAUACAGCGGCCGGGUUUCUCGUACAGCUGUGCCUGCACUUCACCAAAGAAAUCGAGAAUUUCACCUUCAAAGACUCGUUACUUAAUCACUUACGAAGUUCCCUGGAAACUUCCGAGAACAAUCUGAGGACCUUGACACGUGAUGGGGACAUUGAUCCGUCCGUUAUGGUCCGAACACGUAAUGCCAUCAUCUUUGCUACCGAGCUGAGCCAGAAACUUUUGCAUCUCCCGCAGUUCGAGAAGCGAUACCCCGCGCUGAUGUACGACAUCACCAGUAUUGUCAAUAUGUGCUUCGAUACCCGCUCGGCUGUCCGGGUGGAGUACACCGAUAACUGCGCCUGUGCCGUGCAAGUACUCAGAAUCAUCGGGCCGACGUUUGACGAGAAGGUUCGCAAUGAUCCUUCAGUUGUGACGCGCUUCGGUGAAGCGGUUUUGGCUGCAAGCCGAAACAAUGCCGGUGAUGGGUCGCCGAAAGCGAGCGAUAGCGAUUAUGCGAAAUUUCGAGGAUUGAUUCCGGCCGUAUACGAUAACAUUCGUCGUAUGCUGAUUACGGGCAAUGAGUUGACACCCCACAUUCGGCAAGACAUCAUCAAAAUCCUGGAAUUCCGUGCCAGUCGCUGGGGCGACGUGCCGCCUCCGGACCAGCCGAUGCAGAGUCCUGCCGAACAAUUGCCCGGGGCUGUGGAUGAAGUGGACGUAAACCAGGAGCUCACCAAGGAGGAACUUGAAUUCUGCGAUCAAGCCUUUGAAGAUCUGGAAUUGGAUGAAAUUUUGCAUGAUGAAGGUCUGCAGUAUGGAUAUGCAGGGGAAGAUGGUGGUCAAUACCAGGAUGAAAACCAGAAUUACGGUCAGGAGUAUGUCAGCGAGGAGACAGAAGAACCGCCACGGUUUGUAUACAACCCGAACGAUUUGCCGCCCGAAGUUAUGUCCGAGUUUCGCCGUCGAUUGAACAAGCCUGACGGAUCAGGUGACCGCUCAACGGGAACGAAUUGAAUACCGGACGUCUCUUCAUGAAUCUGUUUACUGGUUAUGGCAUUUCUUGCUUUGUUGUUCUUGCGUAUGUCUUAUCUGGAAUGGGCACGAUGGCAUGUGAUGGAUAUUGGAUAUACAUUCAGGUGGUUUGAAGGAAUGUAGUACGGGUAGUUAAUUGGUGGUUUUCUGUUAAUUUGUUGCGUAACGCCAGUUUUCCAGUUGACUUGUAAUUUUUCGUUGUUAAAUAUUAGUAUGAACUAUGAACCGAUCAGAAUUACCCGGAAUAGUAUUUGCACGGUUAUUAUUUUUCCACAUUUCAAAUUUCACCAGUUGCUUCUUUAAUGACUUGAAUUAAAAAUACGGAAUCGGCUGGAAAUAAAACACAGAAA